AAAAAAAAAAAAAAAAAAAAAACAAGGGAGGGAACAUGAGGGGGAAGGGUAGCCAUUGGGAGGGAAAGAGGAAAAAAUAAUUCUUCAAAAAAGAAAAGUCAGUCUUCUCCUCUCCAGUCCGUGAAAAAUCCAAUGGGGACAUUGACAAGAGAGUAUUUUUAGGAAAAGAGUCCAAAUAUUCAGGGUACGAGUGAAUGCGUGGGGAGGGGGGAAAAGUUGUGGGUUGUAGAAGUUAUCAAGUGGGAUUUGCGGCGCUCUCUGCAGGAAACCAAAGCGGCUCCAGUUCAAAGCCACAUGCACCAACGUGACAUAUAAGCCAUUAAAAUAUCAUCCUGACGGCUCAUUUCUGCUUCAUCAUACAUUCCCUAACUGCUUCCCGAAAGCUGGAAAAAGAGAAAUGAAGGAUGACUGCCUCACUGGAACCACAAAAGACAGGCUUGGAGGGGUGUAUGGUCCCCCCUCAGCCACCCCAAAGUGAUGUGCAGAAAUGAGGCGAUCCCAGCAACAGGUGGAGCGAGGGUCAAAGAAGCCAAGUUAGCCUGGCUGGCAGAAAGAUGAUGGAACUUCUCCGCCCCAAAGUGACCGCGGAUGCUGGCUGGGUCAGCCGCGAGGCUGGAUCCUUGCCCUCGCUGUUCCCGGUCCUGCCUCAGGACGCUGACUGCUGAGAUCCGCUCUCUGCGCGCCGCCUGCCGGGUUUGGGACUUGGCUUUCUUUCUCUCAAGUGCAAACGAAGGCUAGGACUAGUUCUCCUGGGAGCAGGCCACAGCCACCUAUGAUCCUGGGCACUGCCCUAGACAACGCGGGACACUGUAAAUUACAGGAAAGGAGGCCCGAACGGGGUCGGCUGUGAAAACCAGGACUACAUCAAAGCCUUGACGGGGAAAGCUUGGGGUUGAUGAAUUGUCCAUGGGGACGGUUGGGACCUAGCUAGAUCUUAGGAAUGGAGAAGGGGAGCUGGAAGUUGCACCUUGGCUGGCACCAUCUGCCAGGAAAACCCUUUGGAUUUCAAGGUCCUAUUUCUCCUCCCUUGGGGAGAAAAUUUCCGACUGCACUGGCAGCACAGCAAUCCACAGGGAGGUACCACCUUCCCUUCCUCCAUCUAGCCGUGGGCAGAUUGGGAGGGGGGGCGGUGGUUCCAAGGGAUAGUUAAAUAUUCAGGCUGGUGCUUCAGGCGACUAAUACAAACUCUACUGUGGACACAGGGAAGUCGCCUAGCCUUCAGCCCGGGGCUGAGGAAACCCGAGAUCUUCCCUCUAGGAAACAGAAGAAUAAGAAAAGGCCGCCACAAGACCCAUCCUCGCACCCCAACUUCCUGGUAUUGGAGAGCCUGGUAGAGGGGAGACAGGGAGGUGCGGGGUGCAGCUGACAAAGGUGGGGAGACCUUUUGGCUUUGGCUUUGGAGCUCCUGGGCCGUCUACAAGGGCACCUGCUCUGCGUCCACAUCUGCUGAGCUGUGGAGGACAGGGGAGCAUGGCUGCUUCUUGGGAGAGCCUGCAGGUCAAUCAGUGUGGAGCAGCAUUGAAGGUUUGGGGACUAGAUUGCUUAGCUUGAGAAGCAGGCUGCAGGUGACCUCAGACCUUGAAUAAGCCACACAUGCUAAGGUAAACCCACAAUAUGCAGCCUCUGUGUUUCACAAGAAAAACUGUGCCUUUGCAUGUACCCACUGGCCUACCUUCUUGGCUUUCCACCAGCAUGAUUAAUUUACUUGGGCUUGCUGGGACCUCUUCCUCCUCUCAAGGUAUGGAAAAGCAGGGAGAUUCUAAUAAAUCUCCAGAUUGUGUUCCUGACUGUUGAUUCAGUGGCUGGGGCUGGUGUGAGAAGACAAGUCAGGAGUCAUUGGAGGGAUAAUCAAGCCUAGCAUUUUCAAGGCUUUUAAAUUCUUACAGUGGUGGAGAUCUCAGGUCUAGAGGCCCAGGGUCUGCUCCCAAUUCACUCACUCCUUCUUCAAUGGGAUGAGUAGCUUGCUAAGUAGGGUCGGAGUAUGAACCAAAGGAGAAGAUAUUUACCCUUGAUCCCUGCUCUGACUGGUGAUGGAGCUGUUACAGAGAGCAGCUUAAGGUUCCAGUUGCCUGCCUGAAGUCUAGCCACUGCAACACUUGUUUGCAUGCCUGUGGGUUUGUAAUGCACAAAAGACUGCAGGACCUGGGAAUGGAAGUGAUACGGGCCUCUUAAAUGCAGGGUUUGGGCAGCAUUGUGGGUGGACAGAACUCUCCAGGGAAAUUCACACCCAUUUUCUUCAGAAGCAAAAAGUAAAUUCUAUUAGUUCCAACCAACCAGGACAUUUUUCACACCAGAUAUGCUACCAUGAGGAAAUUUUAGAGUAAAGGCACCCAGCAUGCCACUCUUUGUAAGAAUGUAAAGUUGAGCCUCCUUUCUCUCCUGAUUUGUGCGGGAAGAAGCUUAAUACCUUUGGGGAUGAGUGCCUUUUGAUUAAAGAGAAUUGAAAAUAAAUAAAACCCUUUGGGAACCGGUGAGUCUACACCCUUACCCCAGCCCCUAGAUCCAGCCCCUACCCCUCAGGCUUAGAUCUAGAAAAGAAGGGAGAGAAAAGGGUGAAAACACCAAACUAUCUCAAGCCUGGUUUGGGGGUUGAGAGAAAGAGAUCUUUGAACAUAGAGAACUGGAAAGUCUUUGAGAUAGCAGAGCACCGCUUGGAUUUAGCCUGUGGUUCAACAAGUUAAACAACUGCCUGUUCUGUGGGCUGGAGUGUCAAGACAAGCAGACCUCCUCAUUGACAGAGGGCUAGCUGUGUUUGUCCAGCCUGAGACCUUUUCAAUGACUGUUUGUCUUUCUAGGCCAAAUUGAGGGCUGGGGCUGGGUGGAUUGCCUGUGUUUUGCUGCUCUGAUGCCUUUCCUCUCCUGACAGAUGCAGAGGUCGCUGGGGUGGGUUUCAGGCUUUAAGAUGGCCAAAGCCUCGGUGGUUCUAUUAGCAAAGUGAAUCUGAUAAAGUAUGUAAAUAUCUUGAGGGGAGGGGUCAGGUUUUUUCUGACUUUCUUUAAUAAGAAAUGAGACAGCCAGGGCCAGAUGAUAGAAAUGAUAACCACCCCACCCCCCCAAUCUGGGGAAUUUUAUAUUAACUUUGAAAAAUCAAGCAGUGAUGAAUUCUGGAGGAAGAAGCCAUGUAAGGGAUUCCAUACCACCAGGGUAGAACAGGAUCUAGACAUUUGCAAAGAAAUUCCUUUACUCCCAGUUUCAAUAGUUACAACACAAUUUUUAAUCGGCUAACCUCCCAGCCUUUCCCAUUACAUCUCACUAAAUUCCAUAAACUGAAAAAAAAAAUGAAGGCUUCUCAUAAAAUAAAUUCAAAUUCUAAAAGUUAGAGAUGUUUGAACACUGACUGACCGAAAGGGUGCUUAAUUCUACAUGUAAGGGAGAUCAAUACAUGUGUUUUAGAUUAAAAUCUUAUUGGGAGAUUAUGACUUUACUAUUUUUUUAUCAUCAAUGAUACAUUGUUUUGCAAUAAAUAAGAGGAGAUCUCUCUCCCUCUCUCCAUUUUUUAAUGCCAAAUUUGAAAAUGUUCAAAGACAGACUGAAAGACUCCUCAAAUCAACACUUUCUUUCACUCACACAUGCAGGCCACAAAAUUUUGUCAUACAAACAUGUAUAAAAUUAUUCACCUAGUGACUGACCCUCUUUUUUUCCCUAAUAGGCUCAAAGUAAGAAAAUGAGAUACAAGACUUCUCUGGUGAUGAGGAAACGAUUAAGACUUUACCGAAAUGCUCUGAAAGAGUCAAGUAGUAGCUUCGGACACCAUGGCCCCCAGCUUGGUGCAGCCUCCAGCCCCUCGGUGUUCCCUGGCCUUCAAGAACAGCCUCCCCAGGCCUCCUCCAGCAGCACUUUGAACGGACUCCUGCGUCUGGGGCUCCCCGGAGAAAUGUACGCGCGGCCCGAACCCUUCGCGCCGGGACCCGUGGCCCGCAGCGAUGCCCUGGCCGCUGCAGCGGCCCUGCACAGCUACGGGAGCAUGAACCUGACCGUGAACCUCGCAGCACCCCAUGGUCCCGGCGCCUUCUUCCGCUACAUGCGCCAGCCCAUCAAACAGGAGCUCAUCUGCAAGUGGCUGGCUGCGGAGGGCCCCGCGCCCCGACUCCUCUGCUCCAAAACUUUCAGCACCAUGCACGAGCUGGUCACGCACGUCACAGUGGAGCACGUCGGCGGCCCGGAGCAGGCCAACCACAUCUGCUUCUGGGAGGAGUGUCCGCGCCAGGGCAAGCCCUUUAAAGCCAAAUACAAACUUGUAAAUCACAUCCGCGUGCAUACGGGCGAGAAGCCCUUUCCCUGUCCUUUCCCGGGGUGUGGGAAGGUCUUUGCUAGAUCAGAAAAUCUCAAAAUACACAAAAGAACUCACACAGGGGAGAAGCCCUUCAGGUGCGAGUUCGAGGGCUGCGAGCGGCGCUUCGCCAACAGCAGCGACCGCAAGAAGCACUCGCACGUGCACACGAGCGACAAGCCAUACACGUGCAAAGUGCGCGGCUGCGACAAGUGCUACACGCACCCCAGCUCACUUCGUAAACACAUGAAAGUGCACGGGCGCUCACCGCCGCCUCCGAGCUCUGGUUUCGACUCGGCCACGACAUCCACCUUGGUGUCUCCUUCCUCGGACUUCGGCCGUGAACUCCCGGUGGCCUCCUCGGUGGCGGCGGCGGCCCGUGGCGCGGAACUGAGCGAAUGGUACGUGUGCCAAGGCGCAGGCUGGGUCACGACUGCCUGAGCCGCUUCCCCAAGCCAUGCGCCAGCACCUGGCCCUGCCGCUGCCGCCGCCGCCUCUAGUGUUAGGGCUGCUGCUGUGGUUGCUGCUCUGAGCACACUGAGUGCUAGUCUAGGCCCGGUCCUUGAGGUUUGAAGAGAAGGUGAGGAAGGAAGGAAGGAAGGAAGGAAGGAAGGUCUGUCAGAGCUAAUAGAGCUCAUUGAAGAUGCUGGUUGGUAAAUGUCCAUUAUUUUAAAAUGUGGAUAUGAUACUCAUAUUUACAUUUUAAAUGUGGUUCUACAAUCACACCCAGUACCCCCCCCCCCACAGGCACUGUCAUGACUAGUGUUGGGAUAAAGACGGGCAGAAAGAAAAAUAUAUAUUAGGAGAGUUUAUGUGCAAUCGUGGAAAUUUCAGGUGGCAAACCUAAGACCACAAAGUCCUUGUGGUUCAGAGGAUGGGAACUGUUUUCCUUGAGGCUUGGGCCGCUGGGAUUGCCACGCCCUCACUCCUCUCCCAGCUCCCAGUUGGACCCUGGUCCGAAGUUCGGAUCACUUAUAUCUAACCUCCUAUUUCCUUCCUCUUUUGCUUCCUUACAACUCCCCAUCUCCCAGCUAUCCUUUGAAACAAAAAUACACAAGUUUCAGAUUCAAAUAUUUCCAGUUACUUCUGUAAAGGAGAAAAGAAUGUGUCAGCAUCGCCCUUUGAGUUCACAUGCCUUUGCCCAUGAACUGGCCCAAGCGUACAGAUACGUCAGACUACUUGUCCACUUGCUUCCUGUAUACAUUACGAACUUGGGGUAGGAGGUGGAAAUACAGACAAAAGAGUGCUAGAGGGGCUUUAAGAUUCAAGGCUCUGGGGCUUCCCCAGACCAAUCACCCUCCCUUCACUUUCCACCCUUGUCCAUUCUCUGCCUGUGGAAUCUUGUGGCUCCCUGGGGUGGAGUGCAGUGAGCCGAUGACGUCACUGAUUCAAGGUCUCCACUGCGAAGGGAUCCGACCAAGUCCACAGUGUCUGGAUAAAUCGUGUCGAUUCUGUGAUGGUCAAAAAUCGCACAAUGUUGCUCUUAUUUUUUUUUCAAGGGUGAAGA